AACGAUUAGACCCCCAACCCCUCCCUCUUUAAGGAGCUAACUCGGUAGCAUGCAAGCAAAUUGUUUGCAGUCAAUAUCCACUUUCGCUGCUGAGCACAUUUGUGUCAUUGACAUGUAGGAUAUCGUCUCUGGCAAUAACAGCGGCGACUUUAACGACCAAAUGGUUACGGCAACUUUGUCAAAAUCCAGAGAGGAUAAAGUGGCAGCUACAUGUUUCAGAAUGCAGGACGGCGGGGACACCCAGGACUGUGGACUGGGACACCUGGAGGCCCUGGUGGCCAAUAAAGAGAGGGAAUGGAAGGAGCUCCACACGAGAAGAAUUAAUCUGUUGGAAGAUUCUCUGAAAAAGGCAAAGGAGGAGUGUUCUUCUCUUCGACAACAAAACCAGAAGCUAAAAGAGGAUUUCCAGUUCAAUCUGUCGAUCCUGGAUGAACGGGAGAAAGAGCUUGAACGCUAUGAUGUCAUCACUCUCAAGGCUGUGAACGCAGAACAGAACAGGCAGGAGGAGCUCAGCCGUCUCCGUCUCCAGGUUGCCGCGCUGGAGGAGAAGCAAGCCAAGGAUGCCGAGGCGAGACGAGAGGAGCUGCGUCUCAGCCAGAAGCGAGCUGCUCAACAAAAGCUGCAGUUGGAUGAACUCAGACACUCAAUGACAGGUACAAUUCAAAAGCAAAUGGAGGAGCACGAGCGGGUGUAUUUGGAGGCGCAGGACAGAUUGCGAGAGAUGGAGGGAGAGCUCGCUCGGCAGAAACAGGAGAUGACGGCAACUUGCGCCAAACAGCUCGGACAACGGGAGCACGAGUUCAAUUUAAAACUCGAUGAGAUGCAUGCGGCGCUGCUGUCCAAGGACCUUAAGAUAAAGUUACUGUCGAAAGAGUGCGAGGCUCAGAGUCAGGCUCGAAUGCAAGCAACUCGGGCGCUCAAAGCAUCCAAGGAGCUUUGCGAGCAAUUGCGGGCCAAAUUACAACACGAGGUGGAUUCGAAGAACGAAGCCACUGCUGUCAAGGAGGUCAGGAUAAAGGAACUCGAGGACAAAUUGAAACGGACGGAGAACAAACUGAAGAAGCAGAAGGAUGACCUCAUCAAGAAAAACGAGGACGUGACCCGGGCUCUGAAAGAGAAGGAUGAGCACCUGGAGGCCCGGUGUCAGGCCCACAAAAAAGAGUUAAAGAGAACAGAAAAACACGUCAUCAAACUGAAGAAUGACCUGGAAAUUCAAGCUGCGAAAGCUUGCUUGGCGCAAAAAGACAUGGCGGUGGCCUUGGAGGAAAAAGAUGACAUCAUAAAGAGGCUUCGCACCGAAGUGACCACAGCCCAGACUGACUGGGAGCGGUACAUGAGUCAGACUUCUAAUGAGAUGGUCGGCAAAAAUACAGAGUUGAUAACCUUUCAGAACCGUAUUGGCAAACUCCAGGCUGAGUUGGAGAGGAGCAGGGAGGAGAUUAACAGGUACAAGCAAGAUGUCAACGCUGGUUUAAAAAGAGAGGCGGCCUUAGAACAGGCCCGAGUCCAGUUGGAGUUGGAGUGGCAAGAGCGUUAUGAUGCCGUCAAGGCGAAACACUACCUGGCUAAUGAGCAGCUAAUACAAGAUUUGACCCUCGCCAGAGACCAGGCAAAGGCAGAGCUUAGAGAGAAAGAAAAAGAGUUGCAUGAGUUGACUCUUUUGCUUCCGUCUGUUGAAAAGCGGAGUGACAAAGCAGCACAGGGUCUCGCACCAAAACCAGAUGCGCAGGCGUCGGAGGAGAUGAAUUCCCUGGUUGAGCAGAACAGUUUUUUGCGAGCUGUGGUGUCCCAGAUGAGAAAGGAUAUGGAGGAUCUCGGUCAUCUCGUACCACAUCAACAGAACAAUCUUCAAGCCUCCGAAGCCACUGCGGCUCCCCCCACAACUGAACCUCUUGCCAAGCAUCCGGACACCUCUGCCAACACCACCCCGGCAUAUUUGUCAGACGACGCUCAGGCUCUGAAGCAGGAGGUGGUCUUGCUGAACGCUCGAUGCAGACACCUCGAGGAGCAGUUAGAAGGUGCUGCGGGGCUGCCAAAGUCGGUUCCAGCCGCAGGGACACUUAAAGAGACCCUGGCACAAACAUCUGUGGGCAAACCGCACCCACAUGACCAGAGAUCUCAGGAAGAUCCUCAAGUUUUGUGUCUGGACCAGCGCGCUGAGUCCACCGCUUUGAGGAGCCAAGCGUCGAGAGGGCCACAUGCGGAGCAAGCAGGAGCCGCCGGACAUGCUGUGGUGCAACAAUUCCAAGAUGAGAACCUCUAUCGGUGGCAGCAGCAACUGACCUCCGCUCUGAUGGCCGGUGCUGCAUCCGGUAACGUUCAGGGUGUUAAAAGGAACAUUGUACUGGCACACACCAGGCUGAGACAGGCGGCAUCCUAUAUCGCCCGACUGAGCAAAGAGAAGCAACAGCUCAUCCAGAUGGGCAACUGUCUUCGUGCCCGGAUCACCAGCACUGGAUUAGAGGAGGCAAUUGAACAAAAGAGAGAUUCCGCCACGAUUGAACAACAUGAUCGUCUUUCUGCUCUGGAGCAGCUGCAGUAUAGACUAACCACACAGGAGCUUCAGUAUGCUGUGAGGCAAAAGGCCCAGACUGUUGCGGAACAUGCUGCUUCAUCAGACAGCAGGGGGCCUCCCAUGGAAGGGGACGGCAACCUUUGUUACACAAGGCACGAACCCACUGAUGAGUCUGGGACCUCUAAGAUGUCAGACAAAUCUCCUGUGAUCAGCCAGCAACAGAAUUCGUUGGAGGUCAAGACACAGCCCAGCUCAGGAGAGUCUCUACAGUCAUUAAAGGAGAUUUGGGCAAUACUGGACCAUGGACUAAGUUCGUCUGUUUACUCAGAAGGUGAAAGCGAGCUGAGCAGGAGCAGGGCAGCGAAAUCAGUCACUGCUGGAGUAAUGGUGACCGGGACCAGCGCUCCCAUCCAUAGUGGUUCCCCAGCUCAGCUGCAGCAGAAGAUGAACCCCUCCAAAGUAUUGUCAAACCUGCCUAAAAACUGCCAGCAUGGAGCCCCAAGCAAAAUCGUCAAGAUCAGGAACUAUAAUACGAAAGACUGAUUCACACAUAGCAUAUAGUUGUUUGACUUAUACGCCAUUAUUCCCAUUGUGUGAUUAGUAAAUUGCUUCCACAUUC